AAUGGAUUUAUUUCUUUCUAAAAAAAAAGAAAGUGGUAGCAAACUCAUGAAUGUAAUGUGAGCUUCUUCUUCACAUUCACACAACUCUCUCACAUCACGCCACGCUUCAUUCUUUGCAGAACCGACAAGCAUCAUCCAAAUUCCGCAUCUCACCGGAACACACUCCAAAGGUUUCUGCUUUUCAUUCAUCCCUGAUCCAAUUUCUUUUUUCAUUCAUCAUUCGUUUUACCGGGGUUGAUCUCGGUCAUUGAUCUCAUCAUUUCGGGAACUGCUAUGUGAUUUUCAUCACUCAAAUUACUAUGAUUUAUGAUUGAAAUUUUGAUACUAGAUAUAUUUUUCAAUGGUUGUUCAGUAUAGAGGUUGAUUGAAUGACAUGAGUUUUGAUACGCCCCUAGGUUCUCCCAGAAUGUCUUACCAUCCAAGGAAACUUUCUUGGAUUGUUAUUUUAGUAGGAGCACUUGCGGUUUUCUUGAUUUAUGCUUCAUUUGUUCUUGUUUCGUCCCCAUUUGGUGCUCAUGUUCAUGGGUAUUUUUACGGUAUAGGUAGUUCGGAGAAGUUAGAUGUGUCUGUUGCUUCUGUAAGUGAUGCUUCUGUUGAUAAAGGUUUAGAUAUUGAUGAUAAAAAACCGCAUUUUGAUCAACAAACUGAUGCUACUUCGAACUCGCGAAUAGAUAAUAGUGAGUCUAGUUUUGUGAAACUUCCGAAGAAGGAAGAUGUGAAUGAAACUCCUGAUGUGACAGUUUCUAGUACAGCAAAAGAUGCGGCCAAUACUAGAUUGCCUGCUCAAACAAGUUCACAAGUUGAUUCGGCUUCAAGUGCAACUAUUCCGGUAGAAGGAGGUACAGGUGCUUCCAAUUUGACAGCUAGUGUUAGAUCUGAGGAACCUCCUUCUACGGUUUCAAUCAAUCAGUCCAGUGCUGUAUUUACGACCUCCAAAGAGGCCUCUGUGAGUUCUGAUAAUUCCACUUCAACAGCUGUUCCAGAAUCAGUUGAGAAGCCAGAUAACGCAUCCCAUGCUGGUUCAGUUAAUUCAGGCUGUGAUCUGUACCAUGGGAAUUGGGUACAUGAUCCACUGGGACCGCUAUACACAAACAAUACAUGCCCUGUAUUGACACAGAUGCAGAAUUGCCAGGGCAAUGGGAGGCCUGACAAGGAUUAUGAGAAUUGGCGAUGGAAACCCUUUCAGUGUGACAUUCCACGAUUUGAUCCCCGGAAAUUUUUGGAGCUCAUGAGAGGAAAGACCUUGGCUUUCAUUGGAGAUUCAGUAGCUCGAAACCAGAUGGAGUCAAUGCUGUGUAUUCUGUGGCAGGUAGAGGUACCGAAGAAUCGGGGAAAUCGUAAUAUGCAACGAUAUUAUUUUAGGUCCACAUCUGUAAUGAUAGUCAGGAUGUGGUCCUCAUGGCUUGUCAAAGUAACAUCGGAACCAUUUGAUUAUGCUCCAGCUGGUGUGGAUAAGCUCCAUCUUGAUCUCCCUGAUGUGAAGUUAAUGGAACAUAUCCCAAACUUUGACGUGGUCGUCCUUUCUUCCGGUCAUUGGUUUGCUAAGAAGUCUGUGUAUAUCUUGAACAAUGAGAUACUGGGAGGACAGUUGUGGUGGCCCGACAAAUCUAAGCAAAUGAAGGUCAACAAUGUUCAAGCAUUUGGUAUAUCUGUCGAAACGAUUCUUACCGCUCUUGCUACACAUCCAACUUACAAAGGUCUAACAAUUGUGAGGUCCUAUUCGCCCGAUCAUUAUGAGGGUGGAACCUGGAACACCGGUGGAUCAUGCACUGGGAAGGUUAAGCCUAUUCCACUCGGUGAACUAGUUGAAAACGGGCACACGAAUACGAUGUACGGGCAACAGGUUACAGGUUUUAACAAUGCUGUGAAAAAGGGUACUACAAAUACAUCAAAGAUGAAGUUAAUGAACGUAACUAAAAUGUUUCAAUUCCGACAUGAUGGUCAUCCUGGACCUUACAGGAGCGCUGACCCAAAUAAGAUCACAAAACGUGGCCCAGAUGGAAGGCCACCGCCACAGGACUGCUUGCAUUGGUGCAUGCCAGGUCCUGUUGAUACCUGGAAUGAACUGGUGUUGGAAAUCAUCAAAAGAGAAUAUGAAGGUGGAAGUACAUCAUGAGAUAUUACGCGCACCUCUCAAGAUAUGUUUAAAUACCGCAAACAUCCCUUUACCACCCCGUAUGCGCUUGGAGGUUGCAAUUGCACAGACACCUCUGGUUCUGUUCAAAUGACACCCCCCUCUAUUUUAUUUUACAUAAUAGAUAGGAGGUGUUUGUAAUUAAGGGAAGUUGAAUGGCUUCUGCAUGUUGUGCUUCUGAACUCAUGAGGUUGAUCUGCGUAGACUUUAUAGAGAGAGGUAAAAAUAGGGUCGGUUUGUCUCUUUUUUUCACAGAAUAAUAAUUAAUAUAUGUUAUAUAGAGAGAAAUUAUUUAUUUUGAAGGAUCGGGAUUGUAAGCUGCUAGCUUAUCAAAUGUGUUCAUUGGCAAGUUCAUUCAGGUAUUAAAACAUCAUCUUACAUUGUGAA